AAUGCCAGAUCCAAAUGAUAAAACAGGAAUGGGAAGUAAGAUGCGACAGAGGAAGGAUGAUCAUGAUAAAGCUAAGAAGGAAGAACGAAAAGAAAUCGAAAAUAUUAUGAAGGCAGCUCAAAUGCAUAUUGUUGUGGCCACUCUAAUAAUGACAGUUGCCUUCACAGCUGGAUUUACACUGCCAGGAGGUUUUGACAGCAACACUGAUAGCCCUAAUAAAGGGACAGCGAUUCUAUUAAGGAGUAAAGCAUUUUGUGCAUUUGUUGCUACCGAUGCCAUCGCGUUCACAUCCUCUGCUGUUGCUGUAUUCACCUUCUUUGCCAUGGCAGCAGGUGGAAUAACAACCGAGUUGCCAGUUAUGAGUCGACUUUAUAGGAUCGCAAUUCAUUUGCAGCUUGUGGCCAUGUCGUCUGUUGUAAUUGCAUUUGUAACGGGUAUGUAUGCUACUUUAGCACAUUCAGUUGGUCUCGUCGUUAUUGUCUGUGUCAUCGGUUGCAUGUGUUUCAUUAUGUAUGUGUGGAUUAUCAUUGUUCUUGGAGGAUAA